AUGCGGGCCAUCGUCAUAAACUCGUAUAUGCACCCAUCCGAUCGCACUGUGUCUAACGAUGCACCAGAGCCAACUUUGGGAAAGAAUAAUGUCCUGGUGGAAGUCGAGUCUGCGGCAUUGAACUUCUUUGAUAUCCUGCAGUCGCAAGGGAAAUACCAAAAUCAGCCGCCCUUACCUUACGUGUUAGGCGCAGAACUCGCCGGGACUAUCUCACCGCACUCCCCUAUACCCAAAGGCUGCAAGCUCAAACCUGGAGACAGAGUUUUUGGUUAUGCGCAGGGUGCAUUUGCUGAGCGAGCAGCGUGCGACUACCGCACCCUCUUCCCCAUACCGAAGGGGAUGACGUUUGAUCAAGCGGCCGGAUUGUACGUCACCUAUCCGACAUCAUACGAAGGGAUCGUCAAUCGAGGAGAGACGAAACCUGGGGAGUGGGUGCUUGUACAUGCUGGUGCAGGAGGUGUUGGCUUGGUAGCAGUGCAGAUUGCCAAAGCCUUGGGUGCCAAGGUAAUUGCCACCGCCGGCUCGCCCCCCAAGCUCGAGAUUUGCAAGUCCAUCGGAGGAGCAGAUGAGGUGCUGGACUACACCAAGUCAAGUUGGCAGAAGGAGGUAUUGCGGAUCACCGGAGGGAAAGGAGUCGACGUCGUUUAUGACCCGGUUGGUCUGAUCAAAGACUCAUUGAAAUGCAUUGCAUGGAAGGGCCGAGCAGUGGUCGUGGGAUUCGCAGCGGGCAAGAUUGAGCAAGUGCCGACAAAUCUCAUCCUCCUGAAGAAUGUUUCUCUCGUCGGGAUACAUUGGGGUGCUUACUUAAAAAACGAACCUGGGCACGUACCAGAUGUAUGGAAGGGCAUCUUCAAGCUUUUCGAGAGCGGAAAGCUUAUACCAGCCGUGUACGAUCCGCCUUACAUGGGGCUGGAUUCUGUACCCAGAGCUUUAGUAGACCUUGAAAACAGGAAGACCUGGGGGAAAGCGGUCGUGCGAGUGCGGGAAAUGCCAGAGCGAGCCAAGCUGUAGGUCUCAGACCGAGUAUCUGGAUAACGAUGGUAUUACAGCGUGGUGCAUACGGUGUAACAUAGCGAACGGUGAACCAGGAUAAGGUUAUCAUAAGCUUGCGAGCGCCUCGUCAAUUUUUGGAAGACAUUGCUUCAGAGCUUCCCACUGCUCAGGUGAAAGGGAGAUGCCCUUCUUCCCAGGUUUCUGCUUCUCCUCCUUGUCAACAUAGUAUUCUCGGAUAUCAAUGAGCGGUUUGCCAUUGAAUUUCCGAAUAGUGACGCGUCUGUUCUUGCCCAGAGCAACAUAUUUUUCACCAUCUUGAUUUACUUGAAUCUCACCGCUUGCCUCAGCGGCUUCAGCAGGUUUUGAUUUUGGCUCUUUCUUGGCUUUCUUUUUGAUGGGCGCGUCUUCGGCGUCCUCUUCAUCCUGGAAAGACGGAUCUUCAUCACCCUCUUCGACAAUGGCCUUUGAUUUUCUCUUCGAGUGCAUAUUUGGAAAUAUGACGGGAAUGAACGUGUCUAACACGUCGAUACGCU